AAACAAAAUUAAAUGAGUUACUAAAAUCAACAAAAGUAUUCUCUAAUCUCUAGCAAUAAACUACACAGGACUAACCUGCCUUGUUUCUGAAAUUUUCUCAAGCAGAAGAGUGGAGCAAUAAAUGUUUGAUUCUUAGUGGCCGGAGAAAUCAUGGGCUCUGAGGUGACACUAUAAAGGCAGAGAAUAUGCAGACAACAAAGAGAAUCUUGUUUUUCUUCCGAACCAAUCUCCACAUCUCAAUUUCACUUUCACUUCCUCACUUUCUUCUCUCUUUUCUCAAUUCUCAAUUCCCAACUCCCAACUCUCUCAAUCAUGGCCAAUCUUCCCGACUCUCUGUUCGGUGAACCAACCACCGCGCCUGCGCCCGAACCCAUCGCUUCUCAUCCUCCUCAUACGGACCUAACCAAUGUCCCUGUCGAUGAGCUCAUUCUCGCUCUCAACCACGCCCGUACUCGUGAACGUGCUUUGCACCUUCUUUCUCAGAUUUUUGGUUUUUUCUCUUCAGAAGAGGAGUAUGUUUGAUAAUUUGGCUGUUCUGAUAUGGCAUUCGUUUGGUACUAUGUUUACCCUUCUAAAGGAAAUAAUGGACGUUUACCAUUUGUUGUCCAAGCCUGAGCUUACAGAAAAAGCUUCAACUAGGGUCUGCAAUGCUCUUGCUCUUCUUCAGUGUGUGGCCUCUCACCCAGAAACAAGGGUGCCAUUUAUGAAAGCUGAAAUUCCACUUUAUUUGUACCCGUUCCUUAAUACCACCAUCAAGGAAAAACCUCAUGAAUGUCUCAGGCUCACUAGCUUAGGAGUAAUUGGUGCACUAGUGAAGGUUAAUGACAAGGAAGUUAUUUACUUCCUACUCAAAACUGAAAUAGUUCCAUACUGUCUGCGAUGCAUGGAUGUGGGAAAAGGCUUGUCAAAAACGGUUGCCACGUUUAUUGUUCAGAAAAUUCUAAUGAAUGAAGAGGGAUUGAGGUACUGCUGUAUCAUAGCUGAUCGCUUUUUUGCAAUAACUCGUGCCUUGGAAACGAUGAUGGAAACACUUUCGGAAGAACCCUCACAACGGCUGCUAAAACAUAUUGUUCGCUGUUAUCUUAUGCUCUCUGAAAGUCCAAGGGCUUGCCUGGGACUUGGUAGACUCCUUCCUCGGAUGCUAAGCCACAGCGCCUUUACUGACCUCCUUCAUGAUGAUCCGACUGUCAUGAGCUCUUUCAAGCAGUUGCUUCGCAAGGUACACGAGAAUAGGUUAUGAGACGAUGAAAACAAACAAGGCAAGGCAAUCCAAAAACUGGCUGAAGUUAUAUGCAAACUUUGCCAAUUCUACUGCACAGAAUUAUAUAAUAUAUACAUAUAGCUCUAAAAAUGAGUCAGUUCCUCCAUCUUUCACACAUCUCUUCACUAUGUACAUCACAAGAGUAGAUGUAAUUUGAACCACUUAAAUCAUAGUGUUAGGCCUUUUUUUUUCUUUUGUUUCUUCCACAGGCUUUUACUUUUUAUUUUUGUAUUCUCAUAACUCUUAUUACAAAAUGAAAGGGAAUCUCACCUUCAGUAC